AUGGCGGAACGCAGGGCUCUCAGUGCGCUGUACUGGGAGCUUGAAGAAGAGAGGAACGCCUCCGCCAUAGCCGCGAACCAGACCAUGGCCAUGAUUACCAGGCUACAAGAGGAGAAGGCCGCCGUGCAGAUGGAAGCACUACAGUACCAGAGAAUGAUGGAGGAGCAAUCCGAGUUCGACCAGGAGGCCCUGCAGAUGCUCAACGAGAUCCUGAUCAAGAGAGAGAAGGAGAAGCGAGAGCUGGAGAAGGAGUUGGACCUGCUCCGGAAGAAGGUUGCCCUCUGCGAGUCGAAGGAGAGGAGACGGUUGAAGAGGGCAGAGGUCAACGCCAAGCGCAAGGCAUCUUCUUCCUCCUCCAGCACUGAAGACUGUGACGACCGCUCUGUCGAUAAUGGCGGAACUGUGACGGCCUCUCUGGCCUCUGCUGGUGAAUCACCGGCCGAUCUCGAGGAAGAAAGGCUCGCCAUCAUCGACCAACUCAAGCCUUUGGCAGAGAAUAGCAGCGAGAAUGAAGAAGGAGACGAGGGCGAGUUCUGCUCCUCCCGCAUUAGUGGAUCCCUAGAAGGCUAUGAAGGCUGCCCAAGAACAAUGUUGGGUUGGCGAGCGAAGUCCCUCCUCCCACUUUUUGAAGCCGCUGCCAUGGAAAGUGGAGCGAACUUCUCUCAGGGCUCGGACUUAAAGCCAGGCCAUGAGCAGACGAAGCACGCCAUCCUCGAGAAUGCGCAGGCCCGGGAGCUGGACGCUGGGUUCCUGUAG